GCUGCAGGAGAGAGCGGCAGACGGAGGCGGCCCCGAGGAGCGAGCCCGAGCGGCGGCCGCCGGUGAAGCGCUGACACCAUCCUGGGCAGGGGGUCCCCGGCGACUGGAGCGUUCCAUUUUGAACCCAAAGUGGAUAAUGCUGUCAGGACUGAACCACUGACCAGAGUCUGUGAAAAAUUCCCAUCUUCUCAUUGGCCAUCAGUUGUGGUAAGAUGGAAGACUCCUAUAAGGAUAGGACUUCACUGAUGAAGGGUGCCAAGGACAUUGCCAGAGAGGUGAAGAAACAGACUGUAAAGAAGGUGAAUCAAGCAGUGGACCGGGCCCAGGAUGAAUACGCCCAGAGGUCCUACAGUCGGUUCCAAGACGAGGAAGAGGAUGAUGACGACUACCCACCGGGAGAAACCUAUAACGGGGAGGCCAAUGAUGAUGAGGGCUCCAGUGAAGCGACUGAGGGUCACGAUGAAGAUGAUGAAAUCUACGAAGGGGAGUAUCAGGGCAUCCCCAACAUGAACCAAGGGAAAGACAGCAUUGUGGCAGUGGGGCAGCCCAAGGGCGAUGAGUACAAGGACCGCCGGGAGCUGGAAUCAGAGAGGAGAGCUGACGAGGAAGAACUAGCCCAGCAGUAUGAGCUGAUAAUCCAAGAGUGUGGUCACGGCCGCUUUCAGUGGGCCCUUUUCUUUGUCCUGGGCAUGGCCUUGAUGGCGGAUGGCGUGGAGGUGUUUGUCGUGGGCUUUGUUUUGCCCAGCGCUGAGACAGACCUGUGCAUACCAGAUUCGGGAUCCGGAUGGCUAGGCAGCAUAGUGUACCUCGGGAUGAUGGUGGGGGCGUUCUUCUGGGGAGGAUUGGCAGACAAAGUGGGAAGGAAGCAGUCUCUUCUGAUUUGCAUGUCUAUCAACGGAUUCUUUGCCUUCCUUUCUUCAUUUGUCCAAGGUUAUGGCUUCUUUCUCUUCUGUCGCUUACUUUCUGGAUUCGGAAUUGGAGGAGCCAUUCCCACCGUGUUCUCCUACUUUGCUGAAGUGCUGGCCCGAGAGAAGCGGGGUGAGCAUCUGAGCUGGCUGUGCAUGUUCUGGAUGAUCGGCGGCAUCUACGCCUCUGCCAUGGCCUGGGCCAUCAUCCCACACUACGGAUGGAGCUUCAACAUGGGGUCCGCCUACGAGUUUCAUAGUUGGCGUGUGUUCAUCAUCGUCUGCGCCCUCCCCUGUGUCUCCUCAGUGGUGGCCCUCACGUUCAUGCCUGAAAGCCCACGGUUCUUGUUGGAGGUUGGAAAACAUGAUGAAGCCUGGAUGAUUCUGAAGUUAAUUCAUGACACAAACAUGAGAGCACGGGGUCAGCCUGAGAAAGUCUUCACGGUAAACAGAAUCAAAACUCCAAGACAAAUAGAUGAGCUGAUCGAAAUCGAGAGUGACACAGGAACAUGGUACAGGAGGUGUUUUGUUCGGAUCCGCACAGAACUGUAUGGGAUUUGGUUGACUUUUAUGAGCUGUUUCACCUACCCAGUCAAGAACAAUACCAUAAAGCUUACGAUUGUUUGGUUCACGCUGUCCUUUGGGUACUACGGAUUAUCCAUUUGGUUCCCUGAUGUCAUUAAACAUCUGCAGUCGAAUGUGUUGAAAGAUGUAGAUGACCCGACAGGAAAAUUUUCAAAUUUAACUACUAACUUUACGACGGCAAAUAAGAUUGUUACUGGACUGGAAUGGGACAAUGGCAGAUUCGAAGGGAUCAGGCUCAGAUCCAUAACUUUCAAAGAUUCGGUUUUUAAGUCCUGCACCUUUGAGGAUGUGACUUCAGUCAACACCUACUUCAAGAACUGCAUGUUUAUUAAUACUGUUUUUAACAACACAGAUUUUGAGCCAUAUAAAUUCAUUAACUGCGAAUUUCAAAACUGCACAUUUUUGCACAACAAGACAGGAUGCCGCAUUACCUUUGAAGAUGACUAUGGUGCCUACUGGAUUUAUUUUGUCAACUUCCUGGGGACACUGGCAGUGUUGCCAGGGAACAUCGUGUCUGCUCUCCUAAUGGACAGAAUCGGGCGCUUAACGAUGCUAGGUGGCUCUAUGGUGCUUUCAGGGAUCAGCUGUUUCUUCCUUUGGUUUGGCACCAGCGAAUCCAUGAUGAUAGGCAUGCUGUGUCUGUACAAUGGGUUGACCAUCUCGGCCUGGAACUCUCUUGAUGUGGUCACUGUGGAACUGUACCCUACAGAUCGGAGGGCAACAGGCUUUGGCUUCUUGAACGCGCUGUGCAAAGCAGCGGCCGUCCUCGGAAACUUAAUAUUCGGCUCCCUGGUCAGCAUCACCAAAGCGAUCCCCAUCCUGCUGGCCUCCACCGUGCUCGUGUGUGGAGGGCUGGUGGGGUUGCGCCUGCCUGACACACGAACCCAGGUCCUGAUGUAACGGAAAAAAAGCCAUCCGUCCUGUGUUUCUUUCUGCUGCCCCAUGUCAACUCUCCCGACUGACUCAAGGCUCCAGCUUUUUCAGAUACAGAAAAGCGGUCAAAUCCCAAAACAGUAAUUCUUGCUGCGACUAAAAUUUAGAUGCGUACCAUCUCGCCCCUUAAAUGUGAUUUUGCAGUUUGUUUGUUUGUUUUCAUGCAUCGUUGUCUUUCCUAACUGUGAUGCUACUGCCUUCCAGAAAUCAGUGGAAGGAUUUUUUUAAAUGUGCUGGUCAGCCGGGCCUUCCUGAGCUUCUGCUCGCUGCAGGUUCAGAAGCUAAGAAGAGGACAGCGCUGCUGUAAGAAAUAGAUCCUGCUCCUAAUGCAACAUUCACGGGAAAGAUAAGUGGGCGUAUUAUCACAUUUGUGCUGAGGAGAGGGAUUCUUUUCUUUUUUUCAAACAGAGUGAUAUUUCCUGUUUACUUAGAAAAGGACACCCAGCAAUUCUUGCUGUUACAGCAGGGCCUUUCAAAAAAAAAAAAAAAAAAAAACACCACGUGACACCAAACAGAGCUGGGUGGGGCUCUUUCAGGCUUGACAGUUAACGUUGACUGUCUCUGCUGACAAGAAAAAUAGGGGCUCUGCUGUUGGCAGCAAAGAUCUCUGAGCUGCUUGAGCAAGACUUCUGCUAGAAAGCCCCCGGUGAAACUUCUGAAAAGUACGAGGAAAAAGGCCUGUAAUUAUGUCUGUGACUGUGGCAUGUGGUUCAGAAUAUUAGAAAGUCAGAGCUCAGGGGGAUCGUGGGCCGACAUUCAUCCCCACCCGCCACCCCACCCCCAGCUGCCAUUGACCUUGCCAGGUAGCAGAUUCAAGGGGAAAAAGCCACUUUCUAACUGGGUCUGCCCACCUGAUUCUGCCCUUCACCCAAACUCUCUCAUCUAGAGAUUGUCAGUCAUCUGAGUGGUUGUAAAUUGAAAAUGAGGAAGAAAGUCACACCUAAAUCCAUUUGUAAAUGCCAAGUGAUACCUCGAGGGGUAUCCUGAGGGCCGGUACCCCUGGGGAGUUGACAUUGGACUUCCUACUAGCAACGCAUAUGGCUUGGCUGGACCAGUGCGCUGGUCGGUGUGUUCUGGCUAACGCCUCAGUGUGAAAUCACAGCCUGCUGUGCUCCAAGGGGCCCUCGGGCAGACAAGGGCAGCAUCUCCUGGUGGGUCUGGCUGCUCAUGUUACCUCUGGAGUCCGCCUGGGCCUGAAGAGAGAGGUCGGCAGGACAUUCCCAUGGCUGUCAGCUCUGUGACCUUCUCACCCCUGGGGCUGCCCCUCCCCCACGCUGGUCCUUUUUACUCAUCUUUGAAAUCUGAAGCCUCCAGGUAGACUUGCAGCCAGGAAUAAAUCCCAUAUUAAAACAAUAGUCCUUUUUUAAACUCUCCAUGUCUUGUUAGAGGGUUAUUCUUAUUACUUAUUGUAGGCGUUUCCAACAGGCCGCGGCCCUGGGGCCUCCAGGAAGGGAGAGCCUUUGUUUCCAAUAGUCAUUACAUUCAAAGAUGUCUUAACCCCACAGACCGCUCCGCCUCUCUCUCCCCUUCCUCCUGAUCCUCCGAGAGCCCCA